AUAAGAGGAUAAAAAGUGGAAGCAAAACAGUUGAUGUUACAGCGAUAUAGACUAGUCUAUUAAAUAUAGCAGAUGUAAGUAAUUCAGCUUGCAAUUUGGAGUAAAGUCUGCGCCCACCUUUAUUGAAAAUGGAGGUUUUCAACAUCCUCAUGGUGCUUCAGGCUCUAGUCCUCUGUCGAGCUAAGAUGUUCAUAAAUCAGGCCUCCACUCCGUGCUCCUGGGCUGUGGUCUCUGCUGGCGAAAAUCAGAGUUUGCCUAUUUUCACGACGCAGUCCCUGUCUCCACUUGCUACUCAGAUCUGUCAGGCCCUCGGCUGUGGUAAAGUCCACAAGUUAAACAUGAGCACUGCACAUGGAAAUACGAGCUGUCUCACCGGCUGCAGCUAUUACAACAGCGAACUGAUCAAUUGUACAAAGGUUUAUAAUACAGACUGCAGCAUUCUGUCCGAGGUUGUUUGUGAUGCUCCUUACAUAACCCCAACACCUCACUCCUGCCGCUGGAAUGUAAAGUCUCCAACACCUAAAUCAGCAGUCAUUCUUACCCAGGAGUCCAUGCUCAGAUUGUCUGAUGAAAUAUGUCAGAACUUUAACUGUGGAAAAGCCUUUCCACAGAAUGGCACAAAAGCACCAACCAACAGCACUUGUCUAACUGAUUGCAUCUACCAAAAUUCCUAUUUACGGAACUGUUCCACCGUAGAUAGAAAUGACUGCUUAAUAUUGUCUGAAGUCAUGUGUGGUAACCACAUGGUCAGAUUGUCAGGAGGUAGCCAUAAGUGUGCUGGACGCGUGGAGGUGUGGAACGCCGGACAAUGGGGCACGGUGUGUGAUGAUGAGUGGGAUAAACAGGAUGCAGAUGUUGUCUGUGCUCAGCUGAACUGUGGAUAUGCACUUACAAUUAAUGGGCAGGAUGGUCCCUAUACCAAUGGUAAAGGUCCCAUUCUCAUGGAUGAGCUGAACUGCACAGGGAAGGAGAGGAGCCUGUGGGAAUGUCCUUCAGUGAGGGAGGGUCAUGACUGUGGACAUAAAGAAGAUGCUGGAGUGGUGUGUUCAGAAUAUAAGGCUCUGAGACUCACUGGUGGACUGGACCAGUGUUCAGGCAGAGUGGAAAUCCAUCGAAACGGUACGUGGGGGACGGUGUGUGAAGAAUGCUGGGACAAGGAAGAGGCAUCCAUGGCUUGUGAAAUGUUGGGCUGUGGAAGCCCAAAACAAUACACAGCAUUUGAGCCACCCUUCAAGCAUACAAACAAUACCCGUUGGUAUUACCAGUGUUUCAAAUACCUAACCUUGUGGGAUUGUUAUGAGAUUGAUGCAUCUAAAAGAAAUCUAUGCCCAGACCCAAAUGCUGCAGGACUGAUUUGUAACCACUCUCUUGGAAUGCCUGAACCUACCACUCCAAAUGUAGCUAAGACCAUGGUAACAACAAUACAAACCCCUACAGCGGCAUCCACAGUGUCCUGGUCUCCUGAAUUUCUGGGCUGCAUGAUACUAUCUUGCAUUCUUUUUAUUGUAAUUCUCUCAAAUAUCAUCACGUGUUGCUGUGCAAAAAGGAGAAAAAAAGCUUUUCAAGUUCAGCAGGCAUAUUCAAAUCUACAAACCAAUGCAGAAACUGAAGAGAAUAACUAUAGAAAUUCUACGCACCUUGUUAAAGUCACCAACAAUGACAGCAACUCUGCCCCAUUAAUUCCACCACAAAUGUGGACUCAGAGUAGUGUUGAGAGUGCUUCAUAUGAUACAGACUAUGAAGCCAAUGACAGCUGCCUAAACCGUGAUAUAUCCUUGUCCACCUUCCGCAAUUCUAUGCGGAACAAUGCAGACGGUCGAGCUCCUGUUAUGAGGGGUCCAAAUUUACAGCUUGUGACUGAGGAGGACACAGUUGCUGCAGUGCAAGGACACCUGCAAGUCCCCAUGGCAGAAUUUCAGCGCAUCUCUGCAACUCCUAGCGCCGACUCAUUUGAAACAUCCAGCACCUCUUCUGGAGAAUAUUAUGAAAAUACAGGCCACAAAACAGCAGAUCUGUAUUCGGAGAAUCACCUGAGUGACCUGCAGCAUGGAAUUCCCAACGUAUACGACACUCAGGACUUCAUGAACCCAUCAGUGACUGGUGAGAGUAUGGACCCAAGUGGUGGAGAAGAUUCCCCCAUUUACUCUCCUGUGUGUGCAGACCUUGAGCCAUUUUCACAUGACGCUGGUGACAGUGAUGACUAUGAUGAUGUUGGUAACAGCUUAGAGAUGCCGCUGCAUUGAGCCAAACCCAUUGAGUAGCAGCCUCAUUUUUAAACGAAUUCUGAAUUAGCUAGUUAAUUAAAAGUAUUCAUUCUCAAUUAGCUAGCAAUUAAAAGUACCUGAGAAACCCAUAUUUCCUGCAGUUAUUUUUACUUACUUGUUGUGAUGAGUAUUGUUGAAAAUGUGAACACUGUGUUUUUAGGAUGCUGGUCUAGAAUUAGUCUUCUGUGUGUGUGUGUGUGUGUGUGUGUGUGUGUGUGUGUGUGUGUGUGUGUGUGUGUGUGUGUGUGUGUGUGUGUGUGUGUUAUAUCUGCUUUGGAAAAAAACACCAAAACAGCACUUUCACUCUGAGCAGAGUUCUGUAUAUCCACACCUCAGAGUUAUUACAAUAAGAAUUUAAGACUUUAUGAAAAAUAAAUGAAUAAAUGAAUUCAGCUGAAAGCAAAAUAACCUGUUACUUAAAAGCAUAUUAAACUACUUUGAUUUAAUUGAAAGUAAUUUAAAAUGACAUAAAACUAAAUGACAUUUAAAAUUAACAUAAAAAUAGCAUAACAUUUUAUUACAUUUUAUAACAUAACAUUUAUUUAAAAAUGUAAAAAAAAAAGUUGGAUCAGGAUAAAUAUCUAAAAUGUAUUAUGUUUUUUCCCAUUUCACAUUGUUGCUGUAAGAUUGUUCUAUGGAAUUUGCAAAAUAAAUAUAAAAUGCAGUUCUUAAAAGUGGCCA